AUGAAGCAAAUUAUUAUCAGCAGUUCGAAAACCAGUCAUCUUGUUUACAAAAUGGCAGCCAGUCUCGUACAUCAUAAAGGAAUCUGCAAAACCUUGCAUUGGUGGACCUCCAAAAGAGUGCUUUGUUGUUUUCAAAGGGAUUCUCAACAAUUUAAUUUGAGAACACCAUCUAGUGUUUUGUUCAACCCUGCACAAAGUCAGCACCAUACCACAUCAGAACUAGUUCAAUGCAUUAAAGCAUAUCCACCUGGAUUACCUUCCUCUUUUUAUAAGAAUUUCAGAACUUGUUCAAGGCAGUUUGUACGUAGCUUUUGCAGUAAAAGUUCAGGGAUUGACCUGCAAAAUGAGGCUUCAACAUCCCAGAAAAAUGACUCUACUUCAAAAAUCACAGGAGUUGCCCCAAAACUCAGUCAUGUUGACAAGCAAGGCCAUGCACAAAUGGUUGAUGUGGGUAGCAAGACAGAAAGCAGUAGACUUUCAGUGGCAACAGCUAAAGUGUAUUUGGGUCAAACAGCAUUUAACCUUGUGAAAGAAAAUAAGAUCCAUAAAGGUGAUGUUUUGACAGUAGCACAGUUAGCAGGGAUUAUGGCAUCUAAGCAAACACCAAAUCUAAUUCCAUUGUGUCACAAUAUUCACAUUACUCAUGCAGAGGUCAAUCUAGAACUUGAUGAAAAAAAGUUGGCAGUGCGUAUCACAGGAUCUGUGAACUCUGUUGGAAGAACAGGAGUUGAAAUGGAAUCUCUGACAGCAGUGACUGUUGCAGCUUUGACUGUGUAUGACAUGUGUAAGGCAGUUUCGCGUGAAAUUGCAAUUUCCGAUAUCAAGCUUGUGAAGAAAGUUGGAGGAAAAAGUGGUGAUUACGUUGCAACUUGAAAUGCAUUCACAGUGGCCCUCUCACUACAACAAAUUCUCAACAACCAUUUGCAACAGAAGAUUACAGGAGCAAUGUCAAAACAUGCUUUGCAAAGUUAAAAAUGUUGUUUAUUUGUGAGAGUUGUUGUUUCUCUCCUUAUUUAUCAGAGAGAUUCACAGUUAUUAUUAUCACUGAUUGUUAAUUUGGAGCAGGUGGAGUAAUUUGUACUUCACAUGGUGCAUAUUGCAAAUGAAAAUGGAUCAACUAAAGGAAUAAACACAAGCCUUGUUGAAUAAUGAUGAAAUUAUUUUAGGUUAAAGUGAUUAAAAACUCAUUUGAGUGUA